AUGCCACUGUCCUCCUUCUUCCGCUGCUGCUGCUGCUCCUCCUCCUCCUCCUCCUCCUUUUCUUUACACAACGAAUUUCACAGCACAAGAAAAACUCUGACGUCACCAGCAGACAUUCUCCACUUUGUCGACUCUCUGUCCGUCCAUUCGCAACCUCAGAGCUGCUCUCUCUCCAGCCUUGCCAACAACUUCCUGGAGAGCUCGGAGGAGUUGCAGUCGUUGCAGGGUCUGCAACUGAGAGAACUCCGACUGGAGGGAAAUCCCUUCAUCAAGACUGAGGGAGCGGACAAAACAGGCUUUCAUGGCGUCAUCCGAGGUUUCUUUCCCACUCUGAUCCUCCUAGACGGCAACGAACUCAAGCCGCUCAAGAUCGAAUUCAACAUCCCCGUCCCCACUUCUCUUCCUCCCAGCCUGGGAAAUUUUUGGGAGGAUCGGGUCUUGGAGAAGCCGAUCUCCGACUUCAUCAACGCCUUCUUUUCCCGCUACGACAGCAGCAGAAACUCCCUCCUGCAGGCCUACGUCGACACCGCUCUCUUCUCUGUCUCUAUUCCCCACUACAAGCGCGACCCUGAAGCUGCUCGCCGCUCCACUCCCGAGAAACUUCCGACGCUUCCUCCCUCAGAGGCCAAGAACUACCAGGAGGUCUCCCGCAACCUCUUGGACUCUCACGACAAGACGAGCAAGAAACUUCAGAGCAAACGACUUGCCGUCCUAGCAACCCUCGAUAAGCUUCCUCCGACUCGGGUUGGAUGGAGCAGGCACGACCUCUCAAGCUUCAAGGCCGACGCUUUCAUUCUCCCUUCCGUCGGCUCCAACGUGCAGAUGUGCAAGCUGAUGCUCACAGGCAACUUUCAAGAGCAGGUCUUUUCCACGUGGAAGGACAGAAGAUUUCAUCGAACAUUCAUUCUGUGCUCCCCCCCUCCGGCAGAUUCAGCUUCUGCAGGAUGGCAAGUUGCCAUCUGCAACGACCAGCUCUGCAUCCGCAACGCCUUCCAAGACGAGCGAGGGACACAGGUGCAGCAGCCUAUGGAAUCAGCUCCCGUCCAACCUCAACUGCCUCCUGCACCGAUGGCUCAGCCGACUCCGGAUCAAAUCUCUCUUACCAAUCAGCUCCUGCAGCUCUGCCCCUGCCCCUCGCAUGAGUUGGCUUUCCAGUGCCUCCAGCAGUCCAACUGGAAUCUUCAAAGUGCCGUACAGAACAUGCAGAACUUUCUCGGUUGA